UCCAGCUCCCAGAGGACCUGCGGGGGGAGGGGAGGCGCCCAGCCAGCCCAGGACCGUCAGCCCGGAGGCUGGAAGAUGGGGCAGGGGACUCCCUCCCGGUCCCCGGCUCACCCUCGGGCGCCAGCUGCCCGCACGCGCGCGCACGUCUCCGGCCACCAGUGAGGAGGCGGUAUUUAUGAGUUUGCUGGUACCAUGGCAUCCUACCGCCCACAGCUGUCCCAGCCCCGGAAGAGCCUAGCCUGCCUUCUCGAAGUGACAGGCUCCCCAGGCAACCGGGGCCCCGGGUCUCACAGGUCCGGCCGGUCCUGGGCGCCUCACGCCCACCAGCACCCCCCCUCCCUCCGCCCCACAAGGCGGGGCGUGGGAAGGGGGAUCCAGAAAGGUUUGGUACGCCGCAGCGGAUACGUCCAGGCUGACCACCAAGUGAGCGCCCUGACAGGUCUCUGGCGGCCGGAGAUGGGUGCCCGGCCCUCGCGGCGGCAGCUGCCCGCGGACCCGCCCCUAGCCUUGGACGCGCUGCCCCCGGAGCUGCUGGUGCAGGUGCUGAGCCACGUGCCGCCGCGCGCCCUGGUGACGCGCUGCCGCGCAGUGUGCCGCGCCUGGCGCGACGUGGUGGACGGGCCCACCGUGUGGCUGCUGCAGCUGGCCCGCGACCGCAGCGCCGAGGGCCGCGCACUCUACGCGGUGGCCCAGCGCUGCCCGCCCAACGGCGAGGACGAGGAGUUCCCGCUCUGCGCCCUGGCGCGCUACUGCCUGCGCGCGCCCCUCGGCCGCAACCUCAUCUUCAACUCCUGCGGAGAGCAGGGCUUCAGAGGCUGGGAGGUGGAGCACGGCGGGAACGGCUGGGCCGUGGAGAAGAACCUAACGCUGGUGCCGGGGGCUCCUUCCCAGACCUGCUUCGUGACUUCUUUCCAAUGGUGCUUCAAGAGGCAGCUUGUAGACUUGGUGAUGGAGGGGGUGUGGCAGGAGCUGCUGGACAGUGCCCAGAUCGAGAUCUGUGUGGCCGACUGGUGGGGUGCCCGAGAAAACUGUGGCUGCAUCUACCGUCUCCGGGUCCGCCUCCUGGAUGUGUACGAAAACGAAGUGGUCAAGUUCUCGGCCUCACCCAACCCGGUUCUUCAGUGGACGGAGAGAGGCUGUCGACAGGUGUCGCAUGUCUUCACCAACUUUGGCAAGGGCAUCCGCUACGUGUCAUUUGAGCAGUAUGGGAGGGACACGCGUUCCUGGGUGGGGCACUAUGGCGCCCUGGUGACCCACUCCAGUGUGAGGGUCAGGAUCCGCCUGUCCUAGCCAACUGAUCCAGCCUUCCAGAAAGUACUGCCAUCUGGGCAUCAUCAGUCAAGGGCAGUUUUGAGGCUGGGAGCCCAGCUGGGAGCCGGGUACCCGUGGACAAGUGGGUGUCCCAUGUGGCCCCUUCCCGGUGGCCCUCUGGGGAACCCCACUCACUGCUGUUUCGGCAUGGUGCCCACGUGCUGUGCAAGAAACCAGGGAUCCAACCAGGCUGCUCACCACUUUCCCAGCUUCCCAGGGUGGGAGAAUUUACUCCCAGAGUAACUCAGAGAUGUUUACUUUUCUUGCAAAUUGUUUUCUUACACGUGUGGAUGUCAGUUGGCGGACUGAGUCACAAGACAAAGGCCAAACCAGGAUUUGUAACCAUGGGGGAAAGUCGCUGAUCACCCGGGACGGUGACUCCUGACCACAUGUUUCAGAGUAGGCUAGCAGGGAGCAGACCUUAGGCGGGACAGUCUGUCCUUGAGGUCACCAACAGGGGCAUCAAAGGGAACCGUUUCCUUAGUCUUCAGAGUCCCUGGGACUCAGCUGUGGGGCUUGUGUGACCUUCUCUAGCACCACCCAUCAGCGCCUGCCCUUUGGGCCUGGCUGGUACCGUCUCUAUCAGAAUUCCUAAGUCCCUGCUGAUCCACAAACCACGUCCCCUGCCCCACCUCCUGUCCCUACCUCAUGGGAAGCUCCCCUCCUGCUGGCCAACAGACUCCUUUUCUCCACUCCCUUGCAUUCAGGCUCUAAGAGCAAGGUGUGCCACAGGGGAAAGCACUCGGGCCUGCCUCCCUAGUGUCUCCUGCUCUCUCCCUGGCUGGGCACAGCCAACCAAUAAAAUCGGUGCUAAAUGUGAAA